CCGCAACCCGCUCUCCCCCAGUCACAGCUGUAUAAUGGCAGCAAUCGCCCUCCUCUCUGGCGGUUCGGCUACGCCUUUGAGUUGGACGUUGCCUUCGAGUACGCUGUCCGACACAAACUCAAGAUGCUACCCGGCGAUAAGAAGGCGGCCGAGGUUCCCACCUUUGAGGAAGUCCUUGCUAAAAGGGGUAAAUUGGCGAGGGGUAUCACGAUGAUGGCCUUCACACUCAUGGCAAAGGACCUUAGCAAGAAGUGCGGCUUCUUGUUGGACACUACGCGUACGCUCUCGAUUGGCCCGGGGCACAAGUUCGUCCUUUACUUGUGGUCGAACUACGACUACGACGUGCGGAUAAAGCUCUGCCGUAACUACGAUCUCGUCCUCCACAUCCUCGACGAGGCGUUCAAGCCGUUUCCUGGAGCGAUAGCUGAGCCAUUCUGGUACAUCGACGUGGACAAUGAUUGUCUGGUACGUCCCAGCAUCUUCCUUUGCGACGAAUGUUCCUGA